AGCAUCACAUUUCUUCUUGAGUAUUAAUAAAAACGUGAGUAAGGAACACGUAGAUGGAUGUUUUUUGAAGCCUCUCGUUUUAACUGGUAGUACAUGACCUAACAUACCGGUCGGUUUUUGUCGGCUUUUACCGGUCUGAAAAUUUAUUUCAACCGGCGGGACCGGACCGGACCGGUUACAACUCUGCUGUGUGUAAAAACCUUGGUAGAAUUCUGGAAAUGACUUUUCUUCCUAUAUGGAUUUAGGUGUACUGUCGUUAAGAAAAAAAACGGUGGCGGAAACAAUGACAAACUUAACGGAUGUGUUCAUGCUUGAUAAAGAUCGGAAAACAGAUGCAGAACUUCUGUUGGAAGUUCAUAAGCAUGGUUUCUCAAGAAUACCGGUUUAUAGUAUUGACAGAAAUAAUGUUAUUGGUAUUGUAAAAUUGCGAGAUUUUGCGUUAAUUACACCUGAACAACAGAAUUUAACAGUCAAACAUGUUAUGGAGUUCCAUUCUCCACGUUAUCACAUAGCACUUGUUCAAGAAGUAGGCACGGAUAAUCCAAAUUUAGAUCCUGUCUUUCAAACUGUUGGCAUCAUCACAUUAGAAGAUGUUAUCGAAGACAUGAUUCAACGAGAAAUUAUUGAAGAAGCUGAUUUAUUUACUGAUAAUCGUUCAAAGAUUCGUAAUAAACGUUCCUAUACACAAGAUUAUACAGCGCUAAUUAAACGGGCGGUUAAGGGUAAGAAAUAUAGAACUGCUUUGUUGAACACUCUUUGAUACGUCGUGUGUUUGCUAUAGGACCAAGUAUCAAUCCUGCUCUCAAAGUGGCCGUGUUUCAGUUUUUAAACAUAAGUGAGUUUCAAAAUGACAUUUGUAGUUUAUCUAACAGCAUGACUAACUGCAUGUAACUAUUUGAUGAGUAAUGAUUGUGACUAACCAG